UGGCGUUCAAGUAAAGGGAUGCGACAUUGCCAUUCCGCAAUCCUCAAUCGAGGCCAACGGCCUUGAUAAGCGAGCGAUGCAUGGGACACUCCAGGUCAUGUGGACCAUCACACUCUCAACCGCACAAGAUAUCAUCAUUCGCGCACUGGUGAACAUGGUCAAUGACCAAGUCACCUUGUUCACAGAGAUGGCAGGCAUGGGCGUCACUGUCGAUAACGUCGCUCGGCUCUCGGGCACCCAAGUCGCCUUUGAGGUGAAUGCCGCAGGAAGAUGGGGUGACACCGCUGCCAGAUUUGUCUAUGACUUUGGCGUAGGAACCAUCAUCACCUUUAUUAGAGAAGGUGCCCGGGACCCAAGAGGAUACAAUUUGCCAGUUGACACCCAGUACUGCUACACGAGACCGGCAUAAACUUCAAAUUACGG